CCCUGCAGGCGUAUACCUACGUACGCAUUUUGCGGCAGUGCGGCGCAAUCAGCAAUCAGUAGCAGAAGGUGCAAGCUGUCGAUUUCAACUUGCAUUGAUCAAGCGCAGUAAAUUGAAUUUUGACUUCAAUUAGUCCUCACUUCUCAUCGCACCGAAUCACAUCGAAUCACAUCGCGCCGAGCAAACAAGUCCCUCGACGUUUCAUGCGUUCUCACGCCCGAUUCUUAGUGCUCGGUUUGGAGCAAGAAAUCUAUAUUCUACUCAAGCAUCAACACCCGACUUGACGUCCUUGUCGCAACCAUGUUGACAGAAAUUGCCGGCUCCAUUAUGGAGCUUGUUCGACGACAGGACGAAGAGACAGAUCCCGAUGAGGCCGACUCGGGGCAGAAGGAAAUAUUCGCAUCAUGGGCGCUAUUCAUAUCAAUUGUCCUCCUCAUAAUUGCCUUCUUCACCAGCUAUAUGCUACAGCAGAAGAAGGUCCAAGCUGUCCACGAAACAGUAAUCUCUAUCUUUGCUGGAAUGACCGUAGGAUUAAUUCUUAGAGUGAGCACUGGCCAUUCUAUUCGACAGCUCGUCAGCUUCGACUACCAGAUCUUCUUCAACUUACUACUGCCGCCCAUCAUCCUAAACUCCGGGUACGAACUACACCAAGCCAAUUUCUUUCGGAACAUCGGUACCAUCCUGACCUUUGCCUUCGCUGGCACUUUCUUAUCUGCCGUAGUAAUUGGCUUGCUCUUAUGGCUGUAUACCCGAAUACCACUUGAAGGACUCGAGAUGACAUUUGUUGAUGCCAUCUCUGUUGGUGCAACUUUAUCUGCCACAGACCCAGUCACUAUCUUGGCCAUCUUCAAUACCUACAAAGUGGACCCAAAACUAUAUACCGUUAUCUUUGGCGAGUCUAUCUUGAACGAUGCUAUUGCGAUUGUCAUUUUCGAGACUGCGCAGAAGUACAAGAGCGAUUCCGCAGGUGCAUAUGGGUUUUUGAGCUUCCUCGAAGGUGUGGGCAUUUUCUUGCUCAUCUUCUUUGGUAGCUUGCUUAUCGGGGUUCUGGUUGGCGUUGGUACUGCGCUGGCUCUGAAAUUUACCUAUAUCAGGAGGUAUCCUCAAAUUGAAACUUGUUUGAUCGUGCUGAUCGCGUAUGCAAGCUACUUUUUUUCUCAAGGAGUAAAGAUGUCAGGUAUCGUAUCUUUGCUGUUCUGUGGUAUUACUCUCAAGCACUACGCAUAUUUCAACAUGUCACGACGAACACAGCUCAGUACCAAGUACUUCUUCCAAAUAUUAGCCCAGCUUUCCGAAAAUUUCAUCUUCAUCUAUUUAGGAUUAUCAUUAUUCACGGACAAUGAUCUCCAGUUCCAACCGCCCCUGAUAAUCGUUACUAUCGUCGCCGUUUGUGCCGCACGAUGGGUAGCCGUUUUCCCGUUGUCUAGGGCUAUCAAUUGGUUCCACCAUUAUCGGGCGCGUCGUCAGGGUAAGGAGAUCAGCGACGAACUUCCCUAUAGUUACCAAGCUAUGCUAUUCUGGGCCGGCCUACGGGGGGCUGUCGGUGUGGCUCUGGCCGCUUUAUUAACCGGGAAAAACUCAUACGCGCUGAAGGCUACUGUGCUCGUUGUGGUGGUGCUCACUGUGAUCAUCUUUGGUGGCACUACGGCACGAAUGUUGGAGAUAUUGGGUAUCAGGACGGGCGUUGUCGAAGAGGUCGAUAGUGACGACGAAUUCGAUAUCGAAGCUGCGCCAUCAGGCUCUUAUUAUAAACGGUCUGGAACCGGAAUCGGGUACAAUCCCCGACAGAGAAAUGGGUCUGUGCGCCUUAAUCGGGUGGAUUCUGGGAGACUCCAGCAACCCGCUGGACCAGAACGAGGAAGUUAUGUAUCAGGGCAUCGUUCACCGUCUUUCCCAACAUCACGUGCUACUAGUUCGAGCCGUAAGGGGUCUCGCCAAGUUGGUGAGGAUGUCGAACGAGCGGAUCUCCUGGGCCGUGGCGGUAAUGUGACCGACUCGGAUCUCGGGAGCGAUAUUGAUACAUCAGAUCUCCCGCCUCCAGCACGCAAAGCACCGCGAAGCCCUAUUCUUACGCCUAGCGGGACGUCAGAAGAGGAAGGUGUAUUCUCAUACCCGACCUCAGGUCACCGAGAGGCAGCACCCAUUUCUACCAGGGCGGCUAUUAAACAACUACUUACCGCCCAAGACCCCCAGGCCUUAUUUAGACAACUUGAUGAGGAUUACAUCAAGCCUAAACUUCUCCUUGAUGGCGGUAACGGAGGCCCAAGCGGUGGGAGAGGAAAUGGUAGCGAUGAUUCUGAAUGAGCCGAGUGAUAGGCGAAUAUUUAAAGGAGGCAUACCGAUCUCCCCGCAUGAAUGAAUUCUGUAAUAUCUAUGUAGACCAGAGUUUCAUGGGUAUUUCAAGGUCAUGGACAUGGUGUUUAAGCGUCGCAAACUAUUACUGUAUAAUAAUAGGGUGGUUUGUUAGUAGCUUAUGCCUGGCGUCGUAUCAUGGCGUAGCAUUGAAAUAUGUCCCCAUCGUCAUUAUCGAUACCUACCUCCUAGGUAUUCCGUACCUAAGGUAUGCAUUUAAGAUGAUUGAUCAUGAGGCUGUGAGGUAACA